AUGGGGAGCCGCGGGCUGCUGGUGCUGCUGGGCGCCGCGGGGCUGCUGCUGCUGCUGCUGCUGCUGCGGGCGGUGGAGUCGGCGGAGCCCGCGGAGCCCCUGGACCCGGUCAGCGCCGAGCGGAGCCUGGCGUGGGGCCCCGGGCUGGAGGCGGGGCUCACCGUGCCCGUGCGGUACUUCUACAUCCGGGCGGUCAGCGCGGCCGGACGCAACUUCUCCCGCUCCCCGCCAGGGAGAACGCAGUUUAAAGUGGUAAUUAAAGCACUUUCUCCAAAGGAAGCUGCCAGAAUUUACACCCCUCGGCCUUUGGAUAGAAACGAUGGUACAUUCCUUAUGCGGUAUCGGAUGUAUGGAAGUGUCACAAAAGGCUUAAAAAUUGAGAUACUUUAUGGUGAUCAGCAUGUGGCUAAAUCACCUUAUAUUUUGAAAGAGCCAGUUUAUCAUGAAUACUGUGACUGUCCUGAAGAAGACCCCGAGGUCUGGCAGGACAUGAUGUCCUGUCCAUCCCAAGAACCUCAGAUUACAGAAGACUUCAUUUCGUUUCCCACCAUUGACCUGCAGCGAAUGCUUAAGGAAAUCCCAGCCAAGUUCAGCCAAACAAGAGGUGCUAUUGUUCAUUACACUAUUCUGGAUAAUCACAUCUACCGGCGCUCCCUGGGGAAGUACACAGACUUCAAAAUGUUCUCCGAUGAAAUGUUCCUGUCACUGGCCAGGAAGGUUCGCCUUCCUGACGUGGAGUUUUAUCUCAAUGUUGGAGACUGGCCAGUGGAGCAUCGGAAAGCUAAUGAUACACCCGGUCCUCUACCUGUCAUCUCCUGGUGUGGCUCUGUGGAUUCCAGAGAUAUCGUCCUGCCGACGUAUGAUGUAACCCACUCAACUCUGGAAACCCUGCGCGGAGUCACCAAUGAUCUCCUUUCCAUUCAGGGAAAUACAGGCCCCUUCUGGGAGAACAAAACUGAGCGGGCUUUAUUCAGAGGUCGAGACAGCCGAGAAGAACGUCUCCAUCUUGUCAAGUUAUCCAAGGAAAAUCCAGAGCUACUAGAUGCUGGAAUAACUGGAUAUUUCUUCUUCAGAGAAAAAGAGAAAGAGCUGGGGAAGGCUCAGCUGAUGGGUUUCUUUGACUUCUUUAAGUACAAAUACCAAGUGAAUGUAGAUGGCACUGUAGCAGCUUACAGGUUUCCAUACCUCUUGCUGGGUGACAGCCUGGUAUUGAAGCAAGAUUCCCAGUACUAUGAACACUUUUAUAUUGGAUUAAAACCUUGGAAACAUUAUGUUCCAGUUAAGAGAAACUUAGAGGACUUGCUAGAGAAAAUAAAAUGGGCUAAGGAGCAUGAUGAGGAAGCAAGAAAAAUUGCUAAAGAAGGACAACUAAUGGCAAGAGAAUUACUUCAGCCUCACAGGUUUUACUGCUACUAUUACAAAGUGCUCCAGAAAUACGCCGAGCGCCAAGCCAGCAAACCUGAAAUACGGGACGGAAUGGAACUUGUGCCUCAGCCUGAUGACAGGGACUCAGUGUGCAGUUGCCACAGGAAAAAGCCUUUAAGGGAAGAUCUGUAA